AUGGCUGGUCAAGUAGAAGGGUGGAAGAAGGUUGUGGAUGAGAUGGUGAAUGACCACAUGAGAGAUACUAGCGAUAGUGAUCACCUUCCUAGUGAGUCACCAAGUUCAGCAAGCGGAGAAGAGAAAGAGCAUGAUGACAACAAUGAUAAACUUAUGUCGAGACGGUACAUGGCAACAACCGAUCUCAAUGACCCUAGAUGGGAACUUGGGAUUCAGUUCAAUUGCAAGGAAGAAUUUAUUGACCUCAUCCGUCAUCAAGGAGUAUUGCAUGGAAAGAGACUGAGAUUGGAGAAGAAAGACAAAUUUCGGUGCCUCGUGAAAUGUAAAGGGGUGAUUAGGAGUAAGAAGAAACCUGCAUGUCCAUGGCUCGUACAGAUUGCAUAUAAGGGGGCAGCCCUUGGUUUUUGGCAGAUUUCCCGCCUCCACAAUCAACACAAAUGUGGCGGGGCAUCAUUUAACCAUGGAUGUGCAAUUCAAGGACUAGACGGGUGCCAUCUUAGAGGUCAAGGCAAAGGAAUCCUUCUGACAGUUGUCAGGUUCGACCCGAAUGAUCAAAUUUUUCCUAUCGCUAUUGCUGUGGUACACAUUGAAAACACAGACACAUGGUCAUGGUUUCUGAGCCUUUUGGUGAUUGAUUUGGAGAUUACCGACUCCAGCAGAUGGACCUUCAUCUCGGAUAAACAGAAGAAAAUAGCUUCGGCCAAAUUAAGAAUCUGGGAGGCGGCUCGGGCAACCAACACUUACGGGUUUGAUAAAGCGAUUAUGGAAAUUAAGAAUCAAAAUCAGGGAGCUUACAAGUGGCUUAUGGAGCAUACAAGAAAGGAGAACUGGAGUACAACAUUCUUUGGGUUCGAUGCAAAGUGUGACAUCCUUGUUAAUAACAUUUCUGAAUGUUAUAAUAAGGAGUUAUUGUUCGCUCGAGAGAAGCCAUUGUACGCGAUGCUAGAGUGCAUCCGAAUGUACCUCAUGGAUAGAUUUACGACUAGGAGGAAUAUGGGUGAGAGAAUGAAGUAUGCUUUUGGCCCGAAAAUCCAUAAGAAGCUCGAGAAGGCGAAGGUCAAGAUAGGUGAAUGCAUGGUCAGGGAGGCAAGGGAGUGGAUCUACCAUUACCAUGUGAACACAGCUCGGGAUGAGCAGUUCGUGGUGGACCUGCGGAAACGAAGUUGCAUGUGCCGGCGAUGGAUGUUGACAGGAUUACCUUGUCCACAUGCGAUUGCCGCGAUAGAGAUGACGACGGAGAACGUCGACAACUUCGUUUUGAGAAUUUACUCCAAGGAAACCUUCCAACAAAUGUACGCACCCAUCAUUUAUCCGGUGCAAGGUCCGCAGCUAUGGACGAGGAUUGCCCAACCGGAUGUCGUACCACCCAAGUUGACCAAGCUGCCAGGACGCCCAAAGGGAGCGAGAAAGAAGACCGUGCAAGAAACCCAAGAAAUUAAUAGAGACAAAGCCCGAGCAGCCCGACGUUUGCAAUUUCCAUUCGAAAUGUAUAACUCCAAUAAUCUUUCGAAGUUGGACAUUGAGAAGAUAAUGGAAAAGUGUAGGAAACCAGGCGACAUCGACCGGUGUUCGAGUAAACACUUGGAAACCGUUGUGGCAUCGACAACAAUAAUGAAGCCAGAAGUUAGACGGGAGAAAGAGAAGGUCCAUCAUCAACUCCAAAUCGAGAUCAAUCUAUUGGAUGAGAUUUGUAAUGCAUCUAUCCAAGGAUAA